AUGGCUUACAAUUGUGUUCGAUUUGUAGAGAAGCAAGAUGCAGAGGCUACUCCUACCGUAUCCAAUUCUGGUAUCACGAAUCCUGACCACGAGAUAACCAAUACAUGCAACGCUGUAACGUUGUCUUCCUCCAGUACCUUGUCACAAGACGGCAAUAUCAAUGCAGCUCGUCGUGGAACAAAGCGACCAUUCAAUGAGACCAAUGCAGUCAAUUUGGAUGAUACUGAUGACUCGAAUACAUCUGCAAGCCCAUUCCGUGAUCGGGUUGGACCUUCAGACCAUGACAUGGUAAAGUAUCUGUUGGAUAUUUGCGAGUCUGAUCCCAACUUCAAGCAUGUUUUCUUGUUUCAGUUAUACCCAGAACGCACCAACUUGGACCAGAGUCUUGCCGAGGCUACAGCAGCUACUAGGAAUACAGAGAAGCAGCUCGGGGCAACAAUGUCCGAGAACGAGAUGCUUCAAAAGAGCAAUGAAGAGAACGAACAGAGAAUUGCCGAGUUGGAAGCAAAGCUUGUUUCUUCGCAGAGAAGAGAAGAAGAGCUCAAGUCAUCCAUUAUGGAAGAACUCAAAUCAGCUCUGUCACUACGCACCAACUUGGAGAAGAGUCUUGCGGAGUCUACAAGGGCUACUCAGAAUGCAGAGAAGCAGCUCGAGGCAACCAUGUCCGAGAAUGAAAGACUUAAAGGGAACGAGCAGAGGAUUGCCGAAUUAGAAGCAAAGCUUGAUUCUAUUAAGGAAGACCACCAAGCAGCUCUGUCCCGGAACCGCAGGCUUCGAACGAACAACGGAGCGCUUCGAACGAGUAAUGAACAGAACGAACACACGAUCUCUGGGUUGGAAGCCAAGAUUGGAAGAGAGAAAGACCUUGAAGAAAUUUCAAAACACUACGAAGAUGCCUAUAAAUCUAUGGCCGAGAAAAAUGGAGUACUCGAGGGUCAGCUACAGGCUGUCAAAGACUGGUUUGAAAAUGAAGCGAGACUAAGGCAGCAGCUUGAGGACCAAAUCGAAGCCAUUCGUCGCGCACCAUAG